AUGGACAAGGAGGGGGAGGUGUUGCUGGGGAAGUACCAACUUGGGAAGCUCUUAGGGCAGGGGGGCUUUGCAAAGGUCUACCACGCAAGGAGCCUCAAAACCAACCAGAUUGUAGCCAUUAAGAUCAUCAGCAAAGAGAAGGUUUUUGAAUUGGGACUCGUUGAUCAGACCAAAAGAGAGAUUUCUAUUAUGAGACUGCUUAAACACCCCAACAUAGUGCAGCUAUAUGAAGUCAUGGCCACCAAAAAGAAGAUCUACCUUGUCAUGGAAUACGCAGAAGGCGGCGAGCUUUUUCAAAAGAUAAAUAAAAGGAGGCUCAAGGAGGAAGCAGCAAGGAGAUUCUUCCAACAACUCAUCACUGCUGUCGACUUCUGCCACAAGAGAGGUGUUUUCCAUCGCGAUUUGAAGCCCGAGAACUUGCUGCUAGAUAAAGAUGGAGUGCUGAAGGUGUCGGAUUUUGGGUUGAGUGCGUUUUCUGAAUCGAAGAGGAAACAUGCUUUACUGCAUACAACUUGUGGCACUCCUAAUUAUGUAGCUCCUGAAGUUAUCCGGCUUGGAGCCUAUGAUGGAGCUAAAGCUGAUAUAUGGUCUUGUGGGGUGAUCUUGUUUCAACUAUUGGCUGGUUAUCGUCCCUUCGAUGACUCAAAUCUAAACAACAUGUUUAGGAAAAUAUGUGCAUCAGAAUAUCGAUGUCCCCGGUGGUUUUCCGAUGACAUAAGAAAGCUCUUGUUUGGAAUCCUCAACACAAAUCCGAAUGAAAGGUUUCUUGCUUCAGACAUAAUGAGAAGUAGCUGGUUUCAAGAAGGACUCAGCUCCAAGAUUAAAACAGAAGUGGAAGAUGUUGAUGGGGAGUCUGAUGACUGUGACAAAAGCGAGAACCAAGAGACUAUUACACCCGCCACUUUGAGUGCUUUCGAUAUCAUAUCUCUCUCUAGUGGAUUCGAUCUUUCUGGCUUGAUGAUGCAGAAGGAUGCAAAGAGAUCAGCUGUGCAGUUCACAUCCGCGCAAUCUGCGACAUCCAUCAUGACAAAGCUGAGGGAUAUUACUCGGAAACUGAAGCUGAAAUCGAAGAAAGAAGGAGCAUCAUUGAAGUUAAUGAAGGGGGCAUUAUCCAUAGAAGCCGAAAUUUUUGAGUUCACUCCAUCCUUUCAUUUAGUGGAGAUGAAGAAAUCUAAUGGGGAUACAUUUGAGUUUAGGAAGAUGGUAGACGAGGAUAUAAGGCCGGCUCUCAAAGACGUCGUCUGGACAUGGCAGGGUGAGCGCAGUAACAACAAUAGCAGCAUCUGCGUUUGA